AUGUUUAGAGGUGUGAUACAGGCCGCGCGGACCCUCAGACCCCGUACGAAGCCAUCUCUGAGAUGCAGGACAUUCGCUUCUACCAGCUUGGUGCGGUCAGAUGCACCCACCGUGACCUCCCUGGAUACAUUCACUGAAGAAGAGGUCAUGCUGCGUGAUGCAGUACAGAAGUUUGCGACCGAAGUCGUUGGUCCAAAAGUACGGGAUAUGGAUGAGAACGAGAUGAUGGACCCUUCCGUUAUCUCUGGUCUAUUCGAGCAAGGGCUUAUGGGCAUCGAAACGAGUGCGGAUCACGGGGGUGCCGAAUCGUCGUUUACGUCUGCAAUCAUCGCCAUUGAAGAACUUGCUAAGGUCGACCCGUCAGUAUCAGUGUUAUGUGACGUCCACAACACCCUGGUCAACACUGUCUUCCGCAAAUACGGAUCCAAGGAGCAACAGGACAAAUUCCUACCCCUCCUCGCCGAAUCCAAGUUGGGAUCCUUCUGUUUGUCUGAACCAGCUUCUGGCUCUGACGCAUUUGCGCUCCAGACCCGUGCGACAAAGGAUGGUGAUAACUGGAUAAUCAACGGUUCCAAAAUGUGGAUCACAAAUUCGUACGAAGCCGAGGUCUUCCUCAUCUUCGCUAAUGUCGAUCCUAGCAAGGGGUACAAGGGCAUUACGUGCUUCAUCGCCACCAAAGAUAUGGGCAUUCAGAUCGCGAAGAAAGAGCAGAAGCUUGGUAUCCGCGCCUCAUCGACAUGUACUCUUAACUUUGACGACAUGAAGAUCCCCGCUGAGAACGUUCUCGGCGGAGAGGGCAAGGGUUACAAGAUCGCCAUUGAGAUCCUCAAUGAAGGGCGUAUUGGUAUCGCUGCACAGAUGCUCGGGCUUGCGCAGGGUGCCUUCAACAAAGCAGUGCCAUAUACGUACGAGCGGAAGCAAUUCGGGCAGCCAGUUGGGACGUUCCAGGGCAUGCAAUUCCAGAUCGCACAAGCAGCGAUAGAGAUCGAGACCGCGAGGCUCCUCACCUACAACGCUGCUCGGCGGAAGGAGGAAGGGCGAAGCUUCACGAAGGAGGCUGCGAUGGCGAAAUACUGGGCGAGCGUAGUGGCGCAGAGGGUGUCCGGGCAGGCGAUCGAGUGGGCUGGAGGCGUUGGAUUCACGCGUGAGACGGGCAUCGAGAAGUAUUGGAGGGAUUCUAAGAUUGGUGCCAUCUACGAAGGAACUUCCAAUAUCCAACUUCAGACCAUUGCGAAGUUCGUGCAGAAGGAACAUUCGUGA